ACACUACAUGUACAGGUGCGACUUCGUUAAAAGCACACGCAACGCAGUGGCUUAUGUUCUGCAACCUUGAACAAACAACCACCUACUUCUCGAAAUCCUUGCUAAAUUUACCAGUUGUGUUUGUGUUGAUUUUCUCUCUACGAAAUUUGUAUCCGUAAUGUCCAUUUUUCUUUGGGUUGUGGAAGUAAGAAGUUUCUGCAGUUGAUGUUGCUGGCUGUUAGUGUUCUGCGUCGUUGUGUGGAGGGCAUUUGAUUACACCUAUUACUUUUAUUACAAUAAAUUAUUUCAUUAUUUGGCAAAGAAGUUCGACAGAAAAUAACUACUCCAGAUUUUGACCCGCAAUCAGUGGACUACAAAAGCCACCGGACGAUACACCUCACAGAAAGGACGGAUACGGAAUACGAGGACGACGGAAGAAACUGUGUAGAGUGUCUGAGAUCCACUGACCACCUUUGAAUUUAGAAGACGGCAAAAUGGGACUGAACUGCGGGGCCUCUUGUGCAAAAUACAUACUGUUCGCCUUCAACCUUAUAUUCUUUUUGGGAGGAGGUGCCGUUCUUGGUAUUGGGAUAUGGAUUUUGGUGAAUGCUGCCAGUUUUCAGAGUGUGGUUGACCAGAUUUCUCCUGACAGCGCAACUGUGAUGCAAAACAGCAUUCUGGCAACGAGUUCAACGACGGUGCACACUGUGGGGGGAAUUUUGGUUGGCGUUGGUGCGUUUGUCUUCCUGGUUGGUUUCAUGGGUUGUUGCGGAGCUUGUAAGGAAUGGCGACCACUUCUCGUCGGUUAUGCCAUUUGUUUAAUAAUCAUUAUGCUGGUGGAAGUGGGAGUCGGCAUCGCAGUUGGCGUGUACAAGGACAAAGUGAAGGAUGCCGUUACGACGGAACUGGUAAAAAUUGCGGAUCUUUACGAUUAUGUCCCUACGCAUUUGGUGAGCGGAUCGAACAGCCAGUUCGCCGUCAACAAGACAACCGGUGGAAACCCCGAUAUUGUUCAGGCAACCGCAGCAUUUAACGCCUUGCAAUCUUGGAUUGGCUGCUGUGGCGUUACGAAAGGAUAUUUGGAUUUUAGCAAUUCUCCUUACAGCAGGAAUCCUUUUGGUAAUAUUCCGCCGGUUUUCUGUUGUAAAUUUUAUGACGCGGCCUCUUUGCGAUUGGCGUCUGAUGGAAAAUGUUAUGCCAUUCAUGAGCGUACCAAUCUCGAAGUCUCAAAUUUUAAUACGGGAUGCGUGAAUCGGAUUGAGAAUUUCGUUAAUGACAAUGCGCCGAUUAUUAUUGGGGUGGCUGUCGGUAUCGGCCUGAUUGAGUUGGUUGGAGUGUUCUUCGCCUUCUGUUUGUGUUGCGCUAUUGGCGACAAACACCGAUACGACUAACCUUUGAUCUUUUUACGUAGUGCUAUCUGGAUGUUAUUUUUUUACCGCAAGUUUAUGCAAGACGUUUUUCUGGUCUCGAGAAGGUUUUUCUUUCAAAGUGCGGGCUAGUUCCCAUGGCACGACCAAAUUUUGUGAAGUUUUUAGUGAUCCUUUCGGUUUGUUAGGCUUUCUGUUUGGAUGAUGUCAGUUCGGAGUUUAUUUGUGAUUUUUACCAUGAUGUAAAAUAUACGGUGUCUGUAGUACUAGUAUUUCUGCAGUUCUACUCGUUACGUCUGGUCGUUACGAACGUUUCCCCGUCAAUCCUGGUGGUUUUAUGGUCUGCACCGAUAAAUAAAACCCAGUUGAAAAUCGG